CUCCUCCUCCUCUUUCUCAGUCAGUGCAUCUCCAUCAGUGAGGAGGCGGAGCUUCAUCAGAAGAGGAGGUUCUCUCCGCCUCAUCAUGGGGCCCUGAGGGGGCGGGGUUUCUGAGUAGACUGAGGAAGAGGAGGAAGCAUGGGGAAGGAGCAGGAGCUGCUGCAGGCAGUGAAGAGCGGAGACCUGAUAACAACCCAGAAGCUGCUGUCCAAGCUGAAGAGCAGAACCAGUUCUCGGCGCUGCACCACGCCGCGCUCACCGGAACCACGGAGCUGCUGGCGGCGCUGCUGGACGCUCAGGCCACCGUGGACAUCAAGGACAGCAACGGAAUGCGGCCGCUGCAUUACGCCGCCUGGCAGGGGAAGGCGGAGUCUGUGCUGACGCUGCUGCGCUCCGGCGCCGCCGUCAAUGGCGCCUCUCUGGACGGACACAUCCCGCUGCACCUGGCCGCUCAGUACGGACACUUCCAGGUGUCGGAGAUGCUGCUGCAGCAUCAGUCCAACCCCUGUCUGGUCAACAAGGCUAAGAAGACUCCUCUGGACCUGGCCUGCGAGUUCGGACGAGCCAAGGUGGCGCAGCUGCUGCUGAGCAGCAACAUGGUGGUGGCGCUGCUGGAGGGCGAGAGGAAGGAGCCGACGGACUCGGCCUUCACCACGCCGCUGCACCUCGCCGCUCGCAACGGACACAAAGACGUGAUCCGGCUGCUGCUGAAGGCCGGCAUCGACAUCAACAGAACCACCAAAUCCGGAACCGCCCUCCAUGAAGCCGCGCUCUACGGGAAGACCGAGGUGGUCCGGCUGCUGCUGGACGCUGGAGUGGACGUGAACAUCAGGAACACCUACAACCAGACGGCGCUGGACAUCGUCAACCAGUUCACCACGUCGCACGCCAGCAAGGACAUCAAGCAGAUGCUGCGAGACGCCACGGGGAUCCUGCAGGUCCGAGCUCUGAAGGACUACUGGAACCUCCACGACCCCACGGCCCUCAACAUCCGAGCUGGAGACGUGAUCAUGGUGCUGGAGCAGCACAUAGACGGCCGGUGGAAGGGUCACAUCCACGACAGCCAGAGAGGGACGGACCGCGUGGGCUUCUUCCCGCCGUCCAUCGUGGAGGUGAUCAGCAGGAGGAGCGGGGGCACUCUCUCCCGGCACGCCUCCCUGCCCACCCAGCGCCAGCAGCUGCUGUCCAGAGCCCCCCUCUCCUCCAGCCUUAGCUCCGCCUCUCACACCGAUGACUCCUAUACACUGUUUGCCCCGCCCACCCAUGUGGCGUUUCCACUCGCCAACGGCCUCACCGCCGCCACAGCUGGGGACAGGAGCAGCGUUGGGAGCACCGGCAGCGUGGGGAGCACUCGCAGCGCGGGCAGCGGGCAAAGCGCCGAGAGCACCGCCGCCCCCAACGGACACCAGCACGCCGCCGGGCACCCUGACAACCAGGCGGCGCCCGCUGCUGUAGAGGCGGGGCUCUUCGUAGACGUCAGCGCUCAGGCCGACUUUCCUGCAGGUGGGCCUCCUCGGAGACAGACGGUGACGGUGCAGCGGGCGGCGGAGCCCAGCGCGUCGCAGCAGUUCUUCCGCCCACAGCAGCUGCUGGACGGGAAGGACGCAGAGGCCAUCUUCCAGUGGCUCAGUGACUUCCAGCUGGAGCAGUACACCGCCAGCUUCGUGAGCGCCGGAUACGACGUGCCCACCAUCAGCAGGAUGACCCCUGAGGACCUGACCGCCAUCGGAGUGACCAAACCGGGACACCGCAAGAAAAUCUCCAUGGAGAUCAACAACCUGAACAUCCCCGAGUGGCUGCCCGAGUUCAUUCCCUCUGACCUGGGCGAGUGGCUCAGCGCCAUCGGCCUCCCGCAGUACCACAAGAAGCUCUCUGAGAACGGCUACGACUCCAUGAGCAUCGUCAGAGACCUGACCUGGGAGGACCUGCAGGAGAUCGGCAUCACCAAGCUGGGCCACCAGAAGAAGCUGAUGCUGGCGGUGAAGAAGCUGUGCGACAUCCAGAGGGCGGUCCUACAGGCUGAGUCGGGCCACGGCACUCUGAGGCGGAAAGCCCCCCGAGGGCUCCACCUGGUCACCAUCGAGUCGCCUGAUGCCAGCAGCGAAUGCUCGUCCCCUCACACGCCGAAGAUGAUGACCUUCCAGGACAGCGAGCUGAGCUCCGAGCUGCAGACCGCCAUGUCCAGCCACUACUGUGACGAUGCCUUGGCCAUCAAGAGUGCAGUCGGGAUGUCCCAGAGCCAGGAGAGCCUGGAUACGCGGUCCAGAGGGUCCGGGCGCUCCCAGGAGCUCCCCACCGCCUCCGUCAACCCCCACAGCUGGCCCCCCGAGGGGGUGGAGGGCAGCCCGGCUAAGGAGAGGAACCUCCCCGAGGGCUGGGACCAGAGGCCUUUGCAGCAGCAGCCUCUGCCCAAGCAGGUUCCUCUGGGAACCGCCACCGUGUUCAAGUACCCCGCCAUCCCCGCCAAACCUCAGCUGGCGGGACCACGCGGCCCAUCGCCCCACGGCUCCCCGGCACUGAAGGCCUUUACCUACCUGCACUCUCAGUGUGGCUCCACAGACCUGAGCUCAGCAUCCAGACCCGAGACCCGCCACAUGACCCUGACCCCGCCCAAGAGACGCACCCAGACCACAACCCGGUACGCUCUGUCCGACGGGGAGCCCGACGACGACGAGGAUGAGCUCGCCGUUCCCCGUGGAAGCGUGCCGUCCUACGCCACUCUGACCCGGAAGCCCGCGCGCAGCCAGGCGGCUCGGCUACAACUGGGCUCGGAGCGGAACGUAGGGCGGAGUCAGUCUUUCGCUGUGCGGGCCCGGAAAAAAGGUCCCCCUCCACCGCCCCCAAAGAGGCUGAGCUCAGUAAGCAGCACCACGAGCGGCGAGCUGAGUGACAGCAGCCCCACAUCCUCCUCUGGGGGGGUGCUGACAGACAGUCCCGGGAGCGUCCGGAGCAUCGCCGCUUCUUUAGAGGGCGGGGCAGAUGUCAAAAAAUCCCCGGGACCCAAACCGGCCCCCGUCCACCAGGGGCCGGCUCCGAUACCCGCAAAUCCCACUGAGACCAGAGAGCCUGACGGGGCCAGGAGGCGGGUGCAGAGCCAAUGCCUCGCCGCGCAGGCCAGCACCAGCUCUGAUCCGGACCGAGGACCCAAGUCCGACUCUGAGGAAGAAGAGCCGAAAGGUCCUGGACUCGAGGGCUCGUCCUCCCCCCAGAACAGCUCCAGCGAGUGCAUCCCCUUCGCAGAGGAGGGAAACCUGACCAUCAAGCAAAGGCCCAAAGCUCCCGGUCCGCCCCGGGCCGAGGCGGUUCUGGAGCCUCCUGAUAAACCUGCAGCCAAGAGUCUGGAAGUGCCGGAGUUCAACCUGAAGGAGUCGGACACGGUGAAGCGCAGACACAAACCCAAAGAGAAGGAGCAGGACGAGGGCUCCCCGGUCCGGACUGCUGGGUCGGACUCUGGGGGCAGUAGGCCUCCAUCACAGAAUCAAGACCAGCUCAGAACCACGGAGGCCGGUCUAGAUCGGCCUGCCAGUCCGGCCAAAGGGUCUCCUGUAAAACCGCCGCUCUCCCCAAAACCAGCCGUGGCUCCAAAACCAGUUCGGACCAGUCUGCUGGCAGCUCAAGGAGGACCGGCCUCCCCCACGCUGACCGUCACUGUGGUUCAGAGUGUGGCCUUCACGUCGCCAUCCUCGCCCUCCCACGGGUCUCCAGCCCCCCAGAGUCCCUCCCUGACAGCUGGAAGGCACCAGGGGGGUCCAGGUUUUGUGGCGGAGCCAGCGGCGGAGACGGAGGUGGUCCAGCAGAAACUGGACCAGACCAGCACGUCGCUGGCAGCAGCUCUGAAGGCCGUGGAGAGGAAGCUGGAGGACAGCGACGGCGAGGUGAGCUCGGUCAGGUCUGCAGGGACCAUCCUGGACGACAUCGGGAACAUGUUUGAUGACCUGGCCGACCAGCUGGACGCCAUGUUGGACUGAAGACGCUUCAGACUUUUAUUUUGAAAGGAACAUCCUCAGGAAGGGGAACGGUCGGAGCAGGAACGCCGUCGUCUCCACCGGCUGUCAGCUGGACUGUGGGAGAUCCGGUCCGAUGGCCUGAAGGCCAGCUCCGGUCUUCCGGACCAGAACCACCAACCAGGUUUCAGGUUUCCCCCUGGAUCCUGGUGGGGGGAGGGGUGAACUCACUGCCAAAGAUCCAUUUAGUGAUUUAGCACCGAGAUCCGACUCCACUGAUCCGUUCUUCUCUACCCGUUUGGUAACAAACAUCAGCGCUAACGCCAGGCGCUAGCCGCAGAUCGGGUCCAAACAUUUCAUGAUUUGAUGUCUCGUCUGAUGCGUUCAGACAGAUCCACGUCCACAAGAUUUUAUUGUGAAGCCAUUCCUGCUAAUCGCCAAGCGAAACCUGCAGCUCUGCUGCCACCUGCUGUCCAGACUGUUCCAGCAGCCGGAAAGUCUCAGUUUAAAACUGGACCAUGAACACCUGCAGCAGGUGAGGGGGUGGAGCCAGAAGGCGUUACUCUAAAUCACAGAGUGACCAACACGAUUUAUUGCUCAACCAAACUCAUGCUGGAGUUUCUGUUAGCUCCACCUGGUGGCCGUCAGUGACAUAGCACCUGUUAGUUUUUAAAGGUGAAGGACCGCCUCCAAACGGGCUGAAGAUCCAGCCAGAACAAGAAGAGCAGCUUUAGAGAACGUUUGGUGUGACGGAUUUCAGCAGCAGGCAGCUGUGGCACGGAGGUGGAGCGGUUAACCUCUGAUCAGGAGGUCGCAGGUUCGAUUCCUGCCUCCUACCCAUGUGUCCUUGAGCAGGACGCUGAACGGCACAUUUGUCCUGGUGGUUACAGACUGAAGUGUGAGGGAAUGUUUAUGGGUGAAGGAGACCGUAAACACGGUUUGUGUUAUCCUGAAACGUAACUUUAGUUUCUGCAAACGUCUUCACCCAGAAACUGUUGGUCCUGAAGUCCUGACAGAACGGCGUUUCAGGUCACAGAACGUCAGUAAACGUUUAGUUCUCCACGUCUGACUGCAAAAGAAUUCAACUUCUGUCAUUUUGUCCCAAAGUUUCACCGUCUAGAUCUAAAAACACUAAAACAGAAACUCUAAACACAGAGUUAAAGAAUCCGGUUGUGCUGAUAAAUGAAGAAAUGAUGAAUUCUGGCUGUUUUUCAGAGAAUAUGAAUGAAAACACAAAACCUUUUCCUUCACUCAUGUUAGUGUUUGGAUGAAGUCAUUUAGUGGUAAACUACAGUUUUUAGAUCAUAAUGACAGAAAACACAUCCCAAACCAUCAGCGACCGCCUCCGUGCCUCACAGUAGCUGAUUGGUCCUCUCUGAAUGCAGCCUUUGUGGUUGUGUCCAUUAAGUUCCAUCUGGGCCUCAUCACUCUGACCGGUUUGGUUUCAUCAGAACUCUUCACUUUCCAAAGGUUUAAACUCUGCUGACUGACAUUCUCCACUUCUAGACAUCUCUUCCUGUUUGUACAGUUCCGUUACCUUUUCCCGUAGAUCUUCUGACAGCUCUUUAGCUUUCCUCAUGACUCGGAUCCAGAGAUAUCAGUGCAGUUCUGGAUGAAGGUCUGUUGGAGUCCAGAGACUCUCAGACAAUCUAGUCUCGUUUCCACUGAGCGGUCCGGUCCAGUUUGAUCCGGUAUUUUGAGCGUUCCCAUUGUUAAAUGGACCCAUUGGACCCAUUAAACAGUUCCGACCUGUUCCUCUUGAGGGCCUCCGUCCGUAAAUGGCUUCACUGACUAACUCUGAAUGGAAACAAAGUUUAUCAUCCAUAUUCUAUAAGAACAUGACCAGAAAUGAUCCUCGGAGCGCAUCUGCAGGACAAACGUUUAGAGUUGAUGCUGUUUGUCUGAAUAUAAACUGUUAUUUAUUAUCACUGUCACAGAAAGAAAUAAUUCAUUAGAAAUAUAAACAUGUACAGAAAAUGAAUUAUUUUUAUAUUUGAAUGAUUUUUUAAUAGAUAAAAACAGACAAACAUAUUUUAAAGAUGCUGAUUUUAGCUUUUGUUUCAGUUGAUUCUUCUAUAUUUAGGUGUUUUCCUCACAGUGAACACUAGAGGGCAGCGGUUUGUGUUUUCAACAGAAAAGUGGAGAACAGAAACAACUCCAGAAAAUCAUUUGAUGAUCGAUCGUCUUCUACGGAUGUUAACCUGUAACUGUUGUGUCUCUAGCGCCCCUAGUGGUCAGACUGAACCUUCGUUUAUCAAACUGAAUCUCCAUCCGUCCUCCAAACUUUUCUGGCUGCUGGAACCAAACCUGGACGAAGCGUCCGACCAUUUCAAUUCCUGGUUUUACAGCCGGGUUCUUGGUGAUCCGGGUCACACUUCCCAGAAUUCUGCUCUUCAGGACAGCAGAAGACCUUCUCAGAUGAAGCGUCUCAGAUCAUUCGGCCCGUCUGUUGUUGUUGUUCCCUUGAGGGGCGGAGCUUCUGUCCUUUAUGCAAACUGUGUUUUUAUACUUAUUUGGUCCAAAUUACUAUUUAAGUUUUCUGUCCAUCAGAGCCUGAACCAAAGUGUGCUGAUGCUCCUCUGCAGGAACCUGCAGUGGAUGCAGUUUGUUAGCAGCUUGUAGAUGAGAACCUAGCGAAUGGGAUUUCCCAGCAGACCUGAACACAUCGCAGGUUCUGGAAGGAGAAAAAAAGAGUUUGACUGAACUGUAAAUCUGUGAUCAAAUUCAGCACUUCCCACUGCUUUUAUUUUGAAGCAGGAAGCAGCUGCUGCUCUGUUGUUUUGUUAAUGUAAUAAUUACAAGUUAAACUGAAGCUGAAUAUAUGUGGUUUAUAUAUUAAAGUUGGUCCUUUUAUGUUUCCUCUAGAGUAAAAGUUGGAGGUGCUGUUUCUGCAGCUGCCCAGCAGGGGGCGCAGACAGAUUCCUCAGCCUGUAAAGUUCAAUCCUCAAAUGUAUGAAAAUGUAUUUAAUGAAUUAAAGCUGGUUUAAAUAAA